AACCCGCGCAAAAGCACAACACGUGGGGAGUUGAUUGUAGCAUGAUGUUUAUCUGACACAUUGUAGGUGAAAAAGUAACCAAAGUAAGGGCAAAAACGAAGGACAAGCGAUUGGCUUAUAUGAAUAUAUUGUAGUUAAAAAUAUGUUUUAUUGAUAUAAGGUCUUAGCGGUCGUUCUAGAAAUGUCGCAGCUAAAUAUAAAUAAAUAAUGGUAUGACAAAAUCCUUUUAAUGUUUAUAAUUCUAAAGGACUAAAUAUACAUAUUUACCAGUCAAAAAGAAAUCGCAGCAUGUCUUGAGCGCUGCCGGUAAAUGCAGGAUAUACAGCAUUAUCGAAGACACUGCGAAGUUGUGGUCGAGGUAUUGAUCUGACAUUACAAGGCAUAUUUUCAUACGAAAUUAGUUUGGUAUUAAUUUGCUGUAUUUACACCGAAGAAUUGAAUUCGCAAAGCUGUUGAGAUGGCCUUGUUCCUCAUCAACAGAUACCUUGGAGAUGAGGAGGAUGCCCAGGAAGAUGCAGCCGAGAGUCGCUCGAAAACCCUGCUGGAGAGGCUGCAAGAGCGAGCAAAGGCCAGGCAGCAGCAGCAACACAGCCAAGAGACCACACCAGGAAGGAAGACAAGAGCAGACACAGAACCUGACCUGAGCGACAAGACAGGGAAGAAGAAGAAAAAGCGAAAACUAGGGGCUCAUGAGACUGAGGAGGAAGAAGAUGGAAGUAAGAGGAGUAGGAAAAAGAAAAUCAAGUCUUUGCGGGUUUGUUUGGACACACCGGAGCAGACAGAGAAACAGGUUAGGAAGGGGGACGUGGACUCUGCUGGAGAGACGGAUCAAACUGGGAAGAGAGUAACCGUGAAGAAAAAAGAAAAAAGGAAAGAAAAGGAAGCAACGAAAUCUCAGAGAACAGAAGUGGAGGAGGAAAAUGAAACUGAACAAGACGACAGCAUAAAAGAAUUGGCUGAAGAAAAGAAGACACCAGCAAAUAAACGAAGAAACGAGCAAGAGUCGGAUGAUCAGAAUGUAGAAAUGGAUACAGACGGUGAGGAGGAGGAUGAGGAAGGAGGGGGCAGUGAUGAAGAGGAGAAGAGUGAAGAGAAAGAAGAGAAGAAAGAAGAGAGAACCCCAGACCAGAGCGCAAAAAAGGUGCCCCCCCAGUCCACACUCACAAUCCUGGGUGGCUUUGAAAAGAAAACUGUGCAAAAGGUUCAGAGGGUUCUGCCACAGUGGCUGGCCCAGCCUAAUCUAGUCCAGAGGGAUAUCAAGAAGAACUUGGUACCUAUCGGAGAUGUCCCAGGAAUCUGCCCCAAACUCCUGACGAAACUUCAGAGCAAUGGGAUCCAACACUUCUUCCCAGUCCAGGCGGAAUUGAUCCCAGCUAUUUUGGAAAGUGCGGUGCACGGACUACUGAUUGGCAAGGGUGGCUACAGACCCAGAGACAUCUGCGUUUCGGCGCCAACGGGAAGUGGCAAGACUCUGGCUUUUGUUAUCCCAGUUGUUCAGGCUCUGUUGGAGCGGGUUAUCUGUGAGGUGCGGGUUCUAGCAGUGCUGCCAACAAAGGAACUGGCGCAGCAGGUGUGUAAGGUGUUCCACACAUACACCGACGGGACCAGCUUGAAGGUCGUCAUGGUUGCAGGGCAGAAAUCUUUCGCUGUGGAGCAGGCCUCCCUCGUCCAGAACACCACUGGUGGGUGCCGUAGCCUGGCUGAUAUAGUGGUCGCCACCCCAGGCAGGCUGGUCGAUCACAUUGAUAAAACUCCCGGAUUCAGUCUAAGACAGCUCCGCUACCUGAUCAUAGAUGAGGCGGACCGGAUGAUCGACGGCAUGCACCAGGAUUGGUUGAACUAUGUGGUGAAGGAGGUGUACAGAGCGCAGGGAAGCCUGGAGCUGGGCUCGCUCUUCAGGAGGGCAGAGCCUGGCCCUGUCACAGCAGCAAGCCUGUGGCAGCCCCAGAUGCCCCUCCAGAAGCUGAUGUUCUCUGCCACUCUGACGCAGAACCCUGAGAAGCUACAGCAGCUGGGCCUGCACCAGCCUCGCCUCUUCACCUCCGUCCACAGCGAGAAGCAGCGGUCAGGGCAGGGCUUUCAGCCUCACAGGACUGCUUCCGGACAGACCGAGGAGAAGUUCAACUUCCCCCAGGGACUCACUGAGUACUAUGUACCAUGCAGUCUUAGCAACAAGCCCCUGAUUAUACUGCACUUCCUCCUGAGGCUGAAGUUCAACCCCGUGCUGUGCUUCACAAACUCCAGAGAAGCUUCACACAGACUGUACCUGCUGGUCCGUUCAUACGGGGGAGUGGCGGCGGCUGAGUUCUCAUCUCGUCUGAGUCCCAGUGAGAGGAAGAAAACGCUGAAGGAGUUUGAGCAGGGCAAAAUCCAGCUGUUAAUCAGCACAGAUGCCACAGCCAGAGGAAUUGAUGUUGACGGUGUGAAAUGUGUUAUUAACUACGAUGCUCCACAGUUUAUCAGGACAUAUGUUCAUCGAGUGGGAAGGACAGCACGAGCAGGGAAGGCUGGACUGGCCUUUACACUCCUCCUGGGAGUGCAGGAGAAGAAUUUCCUUCAGAUGCUGAGGGAUGCUGGCAGCCCUGGAGUGCAGAAACAAUUAAUCAGAUAUGAAAACCUGAAGCCACUCAUUCCACAGUAUGAGAAUGCCCUUGAGGAGCUUCAGAGCAUUAUUAAGGAGGAAAGAGCCAUGAAGUACACUUGAUCACCCCGUGAGAAGACCAAGAGUUCAAACUAUAGAAAAAAAGUAAAAGGUGUUAUUCUGUUUGCUAUAGUUUAAUUUGUUAUACUACAUGCUUUAUAUUUGUUAUUAGUGUUAUUAAUGCAAAUAUUGUAAAAACAUUCUCUUCAGUUAAAGGGUUCUUUGAGAACUGAAAAUAAACUUCUAACCCUUGA